CAACCACUCCAGCACCGCCAGGGCAAGGUACAUGCGAUUGGACCUUGCUCCCAGAGCACCAUGCUGGGCGUGCUGGUGGCAGCAGCGGCCGGGCUGCUGCUGCUGCUGCUGCUGCGCGGCCGCUGGUCCCCCUACUUCUGGGCGGACCUGGGAGCUUUUGUGGCUUUGGUGGGCUCGUCCCUGCGGUGCCGGUGGCGUUUGUCCCGCCAGCCGCCCAUCACCCUCCUGCAGGUUUUCCAGAGCCACGCUCGACGCCGACCCCACCACCCGCUGCUGCUGUUCCAGGAUGAGGUGCACACCUUCGGUGACAUGGAGCGGAGGAGCAACCGCGCUGCCCGCGCCUUCGCUCUGCGCCUGGGCUUGCGGCCGGGCCAAACCGUGGCUGUUUUCCUCCCCAACGUGCCCGCCUAUGUCUGGACGUGGUUGGCGCUGGCCAAGCUGGGCUGUGCCAUGGCGUGCCUCAACUGCAACGUGCGGGGCCGUGCACUGCUGCACGCACGGAGCGCUGCGCAGGCAGACGUCGUGCUCAGCUGCAGUGAGCUCCAGGCCGCCGUGGAGGAAGUGCUGCCCGACCUGAAGCGGGAAGGUGUCCGCGUCUUCUACCUGAACUCCACGUCACCCACACCAGGGGUCGAGGCUCUGCUGCCCGCCAUCGAGGCAGCUUCUGAUGAGCCAAUGCCUGACCACUACCGCAACACCACCACUGCCUCCAAGGCCAUCUACAUCUACACCUCCGGCACCACUGGGCUGCCCAAAGCAGCGGUGAUCACAGAGAUGAAGGUGAUGAUGGUGGCCAACCUGGCCCGGAUCUGCGGCCUGCGAGACAAUGACAUCGUGUACACGACACUGCCGCUCUACCACUCGGCCGGGCUGCUCAUUGGGGUGGGAGGCUGCCUCGAGGUCGGAGCAACCUGCGUCCUGCGAGCCAAGUUCUCUGCCUCUCAAUUCUGGGAUGAUUGCCGCCGCUACAACGUCACUGUCAUCCAGUAUGUGGGCGAGCUCAUGCGCUACCUCUGCAACUCACCCAAGCGCACCAAUGACCGGGAGCACGGGGUGCGUUUGGCGAUAGGCAACGGUUUGCGGGGAACGGUGUGGAAGGAGUUCCUCCAGCGCUUCGGCCCCAUCUCCAUCUGCGAAUUUUAUGGGGCCACUGAAGGCAACGCUGGCUUCAUCAACUACACUGGCAAGAUCGGGGCCAUAGGCAGGGCCAAUGUGUUCCUCAAAGCUUUUGCUUCUUUUGACCUGAUCAAGUACAACGUGGAGCAGGAUGAACCCGUACGCAAUGAAGAUGGAUUCUGCAUCCGCGUCCGCCCUGGUGAGACGGGGCUGCUGGUCGUCAAAAUCACCCGCAACACCCCUUUCCACGGCUACGCGGGCGAUUCUCAGAAGACAGAGAAGAAGAUCUUGAGAGAUGUCUUUGUGAGAGGUGACGCCUACUUCAACAGUGGUGACCUCCUCAUGACGGACCACGAAAACUUCAUCUAUUUCCAGGACCGUGUAGGGGACACUUUCCGAUGGAAAGGUGAGAACGUGGCCACCACGGAGGUGGAGGCCACUCUGGCCACGGUGGACUUCAUCCAGGAAGUUAAUGUCUACGGGGUGCCUGUGCCAGGGUGCGAGGGGAAGUGCGGCAUGGCGGCUGUGCGCCUGAAACCCGGGCAGAGCUUUGAUGGCGAGAGCCUCUACGCCUUCACCAGGGACACGCUGCCCGUCUACGCCGCACCCCGCUUCGUGCGGGUCCAGGAUGCCCUGGAGAUCACCGGGACCUUCAAGCAAUGCAAGGGCAACCUCGUCAAAGAAGGCUUUGACCCCAGCAUCAUCACGGACCCGCUCUUCUUCCGUGAUGAGAAGAAGAAAUCCUACGUGCCCAUGAACGCCGACAUCUACGCCAACAUCCUGGACGGGAGCCUCAACCUGUAG